GUAAGAUAUUCAGAAUUUUCAGUAGUUACAAUUGACUAGUAAAGCAUGUGGAUUAUUCAACAUACAAGAAUCAGCACAAAAAAUAUGGAUUACUAGAAUAAUAACAAGGAACACACGCUGUUCAUACUGUUGUGCAGUUGAAAACUAUGAAGAAAAUACCUAACCAAUCAGCAAAACCUACUGUGACAAAACGACUUCCUUCAACAGUUGUAAAAUCAGACGAUAACAAAGACACAAAAAAGAAAGUGAAGCAAACAAUUUCCGUAUCUAAAACGAGUUCUUUGAGUACCACAAAAAAGAUAUCUUCCCAGUCAACACAACCAACCACAAGUAGAACCGAGUUUAAAGAUAAAUCAGAAGACAUCAAACAGCGUGUGAUAACUAAUCCCAAAAUCAAUAUAACCCAACUCAAAAAACAAGUUCCUUCUUCAUCAUCCAGGAAUGGGAUACACUCAAAAAAGCCGGUAGCCGGAAACUUCAAUGUGACCGUUAAUUCACCUCCAAACCAUCGUAAAACAACAAUUGAGGGAAAAAACGCACCGCCGCCUCGUGAUCGUACCAGAACUAGAACGAUGAAACCGGAGGAGGUUACCGUGCUUAAGCAAAUACCACACAUUCCCAGUGAAGUGAGCAGAGAAAAGCCUAAGACCCCAGUAACUUUCGACAUCCCGUUCGAAAGCCAGAAACAAAGUUCGUCAAGUGCCAACAAGCAAAUCACUAACAAAGUCAUUGAAGCUGAGAACGAUGGUGAUGAUCAAUAUGAAUCGGAAUUUGAAUCAUACGAGUCGGACUUCGAGUCCGGAUCGUCAAAGAAAUCAUCUUCUUCUGCAUCUUCACAAAAGUCAAGUUUAUCGGAAUCGUCCGCGUUCACCAGCUCGGAGUCAAGCUCCGAUGAAGAGCACGGGAAAUCACAAACGCCUAUCGAACAGAAGUUAGACUCUGGCAACUACGAAAUGAAGCUGAAACGGUUGCUAACGAUCAAUGAUACUGGUAACGCCCCCGUCAGCGUACCAAAGCAAGAGGACAAUCAACCAGAUUCUGGUAUGAACAGUGGAUUGUUUGAGAGCCAUUCUACGUCUAGUAGCACCAAGUUAUUGCAGAAACGAUAUGCUGAAAUACUGGACAAAAUAUCAUUUAACACGAUGGUGUAUGAACUAUACGAAGAAAAACCAGCGCCAUAUGAAUAUUUCGUCAAACACUAUGGUCACACGAAGAAUAUUCAGAAUCACACCCAAACUGAAACUGAUGUGCACUCAAGUGAAACACAAUCAGAUGAUAUUCAUCUCAAAUCUGCAUGGGUGCAGCAUCCACCCCAAUUUUCAUUAUCAUGUCUAAACGGCAUGAUCACAAAUCCCGAUAGUUAUACUGAAGAAAAAUUGGGUGUAGCGCAAGAAGAUUUCAUUGUUGAUGGUUGCCCUAUUCAGCAGAAAGACGAUUUCUCAGAUUUCCUUGUAAACCUUGAAUCGGGAAAAUUAAAAGAUACUUAUAAAACACACCUGUUCAAUAAGUCCAGCUUCAACUUAAAUGAUUUGCGAAGCUUUUUGAGACGUUCACUCCCUAUUAUCGAGGCGACUUUGGUUCAGAACGUUCAACACUAUGGAAACCCUACGACCAAAACUGUAGAGCUUCAACUGCAAAAUACGUCGGACACUAGCACGGUAACACAUGCGCACUAUGACAGCGGAUCUCAGCAUGUCCUUCUAACUUUCCAUGAGUGUGACAUAGAGAAGUCCUGUCACAGGUAUGUAAUCAGCGUGUGGGAUACCAGAAACUGCAUUCGACCCAAGGCGAUCCUUUCAUGUUGGAGCGCCAUAGCAUGCACUGAGCGGAUUGGUCCCGUUAUUUUAGGAGGCACCACAGACGGAACCUUAUGCCUUUGGGCUGUAGAGAAUAACAAUGAGGAACCAGCGGCACCAUUUCAGUUAAUUAGUUCUAAUGUGCUAAACAAUGAAGCUGAAAGCUGUUACUACGGUCAUGUAGUAGCGAUUCGAUCAGCAAACCAAUCAGCCAGUCACAGUAGUAUACCAACAUGUCAGGUACUCACACUUUUUGAAGCAGGAAUUUUGACCACAUGGACGAUAUCUAGAAUAACCCAUGAAAUAAACUGCGACGAUAAAUAUGGUCUCAACACGGUAUUCCACCAUGCAAAGUAUCAACUUAUUCAACAGAACGUUAUGAAUCUACAUUCGAUGGUUUAUGAACCAUCAUCAUUUUUAAGCAAGAAAAAUAAUAAAGUGAGCAAUUUCCAGAAAGGUAGUCUAGAUGAUCUACUUAGCUCAAACAACAAUACUACUGGCGAAUAUGGAAAUGAUGAGAUGAGGUCAAUCAGCGAUUUGCAGAUUUAUCAUAAUAAAGCCAUUGUUCUGCUAAACGAGCAAAUCUUAGUUAUCAAUUAUUUGGAACAAAAGUGUAUACUUGUACUGAAAAAUCAAGAUCGAACGUCAAGCCUCAAUAAACAUCCUAAUAUGAAAGGAUUUAUGUUCACAAUGUCAUCAGAUAACUCUAUCAAAAUCUUGAGCAUAGACAAAAAAGUCAACACUUCUUCAUCUAACGAUACAACAGAUAUUUAUAAAGCUAAGCAGCAAAAUUCCAUGUCGAACUUGAAAAAUAGCCCGAUUCUGAACAACAAGUCCUGCGCUAUUCAAAACAUUGUGAAAAAUGAACGAAAAUUCUACCAUGAGCCAGGUAGCCACACGGACGGCUUCGCUCGGCCUCCCAGCAGUAACUUGGGCGGUAGUCAACAAUUCAAUCAAAGGACCUUGGAUCAUAUUUCUCUACAUCACAAUCAGCUAUUUUUCCUGAAACAACUAGACCAAAGGAAUUCGUGGUUGCAUUUUUUGAGCCGAGGCCAGAUCCUAUGCGUUGGCAACGAAACUCGAGCUCGAUUCAUUGACCUAAAAACCAGCCGAGAGAGCUAUUUGAGUGAUUACAUUGAUACGACGGAUGCCGGUAAUCGCAGACUGCUCGGAACGACAGACAAACAUGUGAUAAUGGCAACGAGCGGGCAAGGUGUAGUACAUCUGUACGACAUAUCAAAUUAUUUUGAGAGGACAUAGUCACAAGUAGUGUUUAAAAUUAUUUUUUUAAAUAAAUAUGAUUAAGACAAUG